AUGGUUAUUCAUGGAUUUGAAAUUGGCGAAUAUCCAGUACACAACGCAAGACUAUGAAAGGCUAAAACAGGAAAAACAUUAAAGCACUCAAUUUUCGAAUUUUAUUCUAAGCUGUAUCAUGCACAAAAUAGAACUGUUUAUAUCGGCGAUGAAUCACUUCUCAGCCAAAAAGUCAAAGAAACAUUUAUAGCUACUAUUUGAUGUUUUCAAACAAUAACCUUAUUAUGAAUCCCGCAACUUGCAAUUAAAAAUUGAGCUGAGAAUCGAACAAUAUGAGAAAUCAUUGGAUUCUUAAGGCUUGAUAAUAUUAGCUCAGAAUUAGGGAUUACUUUUGAAUACUUUUAUUUAUCAAUUAUAAUGAUUUUUAUCAUUGUUUUGUGCAUCAUUGUCCUGAUUCUUUUAGAUUAUCUAUCACAAAAUAUCCCAAACUUGGUCAUUAGUGCUUUAAGGUGAAUUUUUGAUUUAUGAAAAACUGCCUUUUUGACACCUUCACUGACAUUAUAUUCAGUUUUUCUGAAAUAUAAUUUUUCAUCUAAAGGACACAUAUCUGCAUAUAAAAAUAAUAAUGAUCCUGCAGAUUUUGAAUUAAAUGCUGCUUGGCAAUUUGUCAUAAUUUUAACUAUGACUCUAAUAUUUGUGCUGAUAAUAUCAUAUGAAGAAUUUAUUGGAGAAAUAAGGCAUUCAGUGAGCAUUAAGGUGUUAAAAGCAAAAGCUCAUUCAAAAGUUGAUGUCCACAUUGCAAUUUUUAUGUAUUUUUCUCCAAUAUUAUAUGCAAUCACUAAUGAAGAUUUUAUGGUUUAUUUUCAAUUAUUUAUGAUGAUUGUUUCAUUAAUUUUGAUUGCAGAAAUAAUGAUUUUUUUACCAUAUUUUUCAUUAUGCUACUGUUUUAUUAAAAUUCUUGGACUCUUUGCUAUUGCUUUGGUCUCUUUUGGAUUUAUUUUAGGAUAUUUAAUGGACAAUUCUCUAGUCAUUAUUUUGGUAGCAAUAAUUUUAGGGCCAUUUUUAGCUUUUUUUGCUUUACAAUUUACUUUAAAAUUGCAAAAUAAAUUAAGUGUAAAUGUCCCAGAAACUUUGUCUGGGAUAGAAUCUGCAUAUCUUGCACUUACACUUAAUUAAUAUAUAGAAAACUCCACUGUAUUGCCGAAGGAUUACCUCCACCCUUAAGCUUCUCUCGGUUGCUCACCAUCAAUCAUAUCACGACCUUCGAAGAGUUACUCCACCGAACAAGGAUGUGCACUCGCUAUCCGUAGUCUGGAUGAGUUGUGCCAGCUUGCAGUACGUCAACAGAGUUGCCCAUUCCAAAAAUGAAUUUUCUGGUAUGACUGUCGGCCAAAAUGGAAAUCCAAAGCCUAGGACGUAACGCCCAGUUUCACGUCAGGGAUUUGCCCGAUGGACCAAGUGGAGUGCUUAGCUUUUCUGAGUUUCCCCUUUCCAACCAUGAACACCAUCUUCCCCUGAGGUAAAAUACCUGGUACCAGAAUGAGCUGCGGUUGGCCUAUUCCGACGUUGUGCUCAACUGCGCCAAGUAAAAACCUAGCCGGAUAUACUUCACCGAGCGCCAAUUUCCCUUCCACAAGAUCCCUGCUGCCUUUAGGGCUUGCGGCUACAGGUGUUGAGAAAAAGGCUGGUUCUCCGUCGCCAUUUUAAUAUAUAUUAGAAUCUGCAUACCAAUUAGAAAAAUCCUUGAGGUGUUCUUUAUGCUCUAAUGAUGCUGAGCAUAAAGAGCAGAUAAUUAAUCUCUAUGAGGCUUUCUUUAAUAAAGCUGGCUCACUUAAAAAUAAACUCCAACUAAUCUGAGCAGCAAACUAUUGUUUAUUUACUUUAAAAGAUGAAUCAUUAGCAAAAGUUAAGUUAAGCAGGAUUAAAAAUAUAUUAGAAUGGAACUUAGAAGCUGAUUUUCAAGAAUACCUUAUAAAUAAUACCAUCCAAGACUCUUUAUCGAGUGAAAGUUCACGAUUUAUCAGUUACUUGCAGCAACUGCAUCUUAUCAAGACAAGUGACAUAAAUUUAUGCAUUAAUUUAUUAAAAUUUUGAGAAGAGAUAACUUCAUCAAAACCUGAUCUUGAUAGACUAACCAAAAGAUUGACUUGAAUUAGCAAAAAAAUGCAGCUUCUUGCAAAUAAGUAUAGUCAAUUGAUAACAAAAUUUAUUGAUUGCAGAGAGUUUUUAUCUUUAUAUGCAUCAUUUAUGAAAGAUAUUAUUUUAGACAGAGAUAAAGCGAAUUUUCUUGGAAAUAAAUUAAAAACAUUUAAUGCAGAUAUAAUGAAUUCUGGCCCAAGCCAAUUGAGCUGCUUUGAUGAUUUAAGUGCGAUUUUAAUAAUUUCUGUUGAAGAAGAUAGCUUUGGGCAAAUUUUAUUUUCAAAUAAAAAAGCCAAAGAUGUUAUGAAAUUUAAUUCACCAAGCAUAGAUGGAAGCAAUAUUAUGAGCUUUAUUCCUUCUUAUUAUUGUGAAAAGCUAAAAGAUUGGCUCCAUGCCAAAUGACAGUGGAUGUUUGACAGUUAUGUUAUCGAAAUACAUUUGGUCGAAAUUAAAAGGGUUUUUUUAGGUCAAAUGUCUCAAUACCAAAAGUUUCAACCAAUUUUCCACUAAAAGUAUCGGCGAAAUGUACACUAUCAAAAAAACUGCUAUCAUUGGGCAUGUGCCCUAAAAAGAUUACGCGAUUGGUUACUCUCAUUUUUGCUUUAGUUCAGAAAUUGAUUUAAAUGGAGGCUUUUUUUUGGAGCUUCCUUCAGAAUAUCUAAUAGAAUGCACAGGAAAGGCGUCGAUAACUACAAUAGAAAAUUUUCUUGUUUUUAUAUUGAUUUUUAAGCAAAGCCAGAAAAAAAAUAAAAUUGCCUUAUUAUCUGAAAAUGGAGAAAUAUUGUGCUAUUCCAAGUAUUUUGCUGAGAUGGCUGGAAAAGAAAAUAAUAAUUUAAUCGGCUGCAACAUUAAAAAUAUUUUUAAUGAAACUGAACAAUAUUUAGCCAAUAAUGGCACUACAUCAGAGAGUCGCUUAAUCUGUUCUAGUAUACAUGCUUGUAACAUAGAAAUUUUUUAUGCUGCUUUUAUAAGUGGUUGUGAAGAAAUUCAAAGAUGGGAAAAUAAAAGCUCUGAAUGGCUUCCUGAUAAAAAAAGGAAAAAUAAGAAGACUAGCCAUGACUCUUUGGAUUUAUUAGUGCAUGAAUAUCCUAAUAAAGGAAUUAAAAAUGAAUAUGAAGGUAAAGUAUCAUUUAAUUCGGAAAUGAAUUUAAAAUCUGGGAAGAAUAAGAUUCAUGAAAUAACUGAAAAACGCUUUUCAGAAAAUUUUUCAGAAGAAAAAUCAGAGAGUUGACAAAAUAAAAAACUUAUAAAUUUAGUAGCAUCGUCUUCUAGGAAAAUAAAUAUUUUGCAUGCUGCUUUCAUUUUAUCUUAAUCUUAAGUUAUUUAUAAUUUUUACGUCCACUACAGGGUAGCUUUGUCCAGGACUGCCACCACAUUUGUCCAUGUGUCGGGCCCAUGGACCUCUGGAUCGAUCCACUUUGUUUCGCCAGGGCACUGGCAAAUAAGCGUUCCGGCUUCGACGGGCUUCACUGCUGCUGCGCUUUAUUCGACUCAGCUCCUGCACAUGUUCCACCUAAGGGUUACCUUCCUCAGGUGUGCUGAGAGGUAAAGACCUGAGCCUCUUGAGUGCAUUGAGUAGCAGCUCCUCUGAUUAUCCCCAGAGUUAAUAUGCUAUUCUGUGCAGAAUUUCUUGAGAUAAAAGCCUAGCCCCAUAAAUAAAAUUGCUUGAGGGAGAGAAAAUUAGCAGAGCUAAUUUCUCUCGACCGAAUGCCAUUUUAUUUAUGCUUUCAUUUUAUCAGUAAAAAAUAUUUAG